CCUCUCCCUCCCUUUCCUCUUUUUUCUUUCCUCCUCAAUCAUUUCUCUUGCUUCGUAAGUAAUAAAAGAUUCAACCCAUGAUUAUUCCCCGACGACUUUCUCCUCCUCUACAACCAUCUAGCCAUUGAAAGAAGUAAAAGGGUCAGUUCGAGUGAAAAGAAAAGGAAAAAAAAAAAAGCUUGCGAGUUUGGUUUUGCUUCUGCCCUUCAUGCUCUUGGAUUAAUGGCUGUGGAGCUUAUAUCGGGUUGCGGGGAUGUUAGUUUUGCAGGCAGGACGGAACUAGACGACACAAUCGCGGUGCAGGAAGCUACGGCCGCGGGCAUUCACAGCGUCAAGAAGCUCAUGACAAUAAUUUCUCAGCAACGACAGAGCCGGGACGAGGAGGCUUCUAGCUCCCGAGGGCCUUCGGAAUUGGAAGCUCUGGCAGAUACGGCAAUGAACAAGUUCAAAAGGGUCAUCUCUCUGUUGGACAGGCCGAGAAUUGGCCACGCUCGUUUCAGAAAAGCUCCUGCAACACAGGCUUCGAUCCCUCUUCUCCCGCUGCGGCAGACGCCGGAUUCCGAAACCGGACUGCCUCCUGUUACAGAACGCCAGCAGAACAGAACAGAACAACCCUCUGCUUUCAAGGUCUAUUGCCCUACACCGGUUUUACGUCUCCCGCCUCUGCCUCACCAGGCGCACCAGCCUCCCCCCUUCCAUCGGCCAGAGAAGAAGGAGGCGAACGGCAGUGUUCAAUUUUCGGUGUCGCCGCCUGUUUCCGCCGCCAAUUCGUAUAUGUCUGCGUUAACAGGGGAUACUGAUAGUGUGCAACGCUCUUGUCAUUCUUCGGGGUUCCAAAUCAUUCACAGUCAGAGAUCGCAGCAGGGAUCCUACCUGGGCAAACCACCUUUGUGUUCGAGUUCUUUAAAGAGGAAAUGCAAUUCAAUGGACGAUGCCGGUCUCAAGUGUGGAUCAUCCUCUGGUCGCUGCCAUUGCUCUAAGAAAAGGAAAUCAAAGAUAAGAAGAGUAAUAAGAGUACCAGCAAUCAGCUCGAAGUUGGCUGACAUUCCGGCUGAUGAAUAUUCGUGGAGAAAAUAUGGACAGAAGCCUAUCAAGGGUUCUCCUCACCCCAGGGGUUAUUACAAGUGUAGCAGCGUGAGAGGCUGCCCGGCACGCAAACACGUGGAGCGUGCUAUGGACGAUCCUACCAUGCUCAUUGUCACCUACGAAGCUGAUCAUAAUCACUCGAUUGAGGUUGCAGCCGCCGCCGUCCUCGAGUCAUCCUAGCUCUCUUAUCUGAUCCAUCAACUUUCAUGAGUUUUGCACUACCUGUACUUAGUACCUUUAUGUAAUAUUCGUCCUUUUCUUUUCUUUGGGUUAAUCAGUGGCCUGUAUAUCUUCUUUUUCCUUUUGCAUUAGUUUCUCCAGAAUUGCAUUCUUUUGGACUGGAUUUCCAGAAUUGCAUUACUAUAAGGUAUAAACAGUACAGGUGGGUUUAACUUUAAUA